AUGCGUUUUUUGGGUCUUUGUGCCCUCCUCCAAGCGCUCAGGGUCACUCAGGCUUUCGCCCCUGAUUGGACUAUCACGAAAUACUUCGAAGAUUCUGUAACGACUUUGCCUGGGAACACAGGCCGCUACGGAACUUAUCCAGCUUCUGAAUAUACCAAUACAGUAACUGUUGUGCCGACUGUCACUUCUCCUACCGCUACCGCCACAAUUACCGCAAUCACCUACCCAUCUAUCACCUACAUACUCAUAGGUCUUGAACCAGGCCAGGGAACGUCGUCGAGUUAUGACUACUACGAAAGCACCAACACCUACUACGUCCCUCUCACGUAUACCUACCCAAGACGCUGCUCUGUGACCUCUGGGGAGAGCACCAUCACGACAUCAGCGCGAAUUUCCAUCCCAACCGAGAUCCAGAGUCAUCUCACCCCAACCGUGACAUCUGCAACGACCUCUGUCGUGGAUUAUCUGGAAUCGGGAUCUCAUUAUACCUCUACAGACUCAUUUGUAGAUCCAACAGAGCUUCCUUCUGGGGUUUACAGUAGUAUAGAAGCAAUCCAUACCCCUAGUGAAAUUAAGUACUGCCGAUAUGGAUCUCACUCAAGUUCCGGCGGCUACGGUUCACAAUCUAGCUCUGGUUCUAGCUCCAGCGAUAACUAUAAUAGUUAUUGUGGCCGGUAUUAUGGGUGCUAUCGCUCCUAUUGGUCUGCAUAUCUUGCACUAUCCCUCAUUAUCAUCUUUUCUUGGUUCGGCUUUUUUUUCAUUGUCGGCCUGAUCGAGAGUGCUGUUAGAUUCAGAAAACUUAUGCGAGGCCGCGGGGCAAGCAGAGGCCUACCCAAGUCCUUUGCUUGUUUGUGCCCAAUAUUAUCGUGUUUGUUCAUUAUUUGCAUGCACCGAGGCUACAGGCCGAAACCGAGGGAAGAACAAGAGGAGUUGGAAAGAAAUUGGAAAUCUAUGUCUUUCGCCGCUAAAUUCACCCUCUGGUUGAAAUAUGGAUUCAGCAGAAGCUACCCUCCAAUGCUUGGAGUAGCACCUCCCCUCGCCACCGAUCCGCUGCCAGCCAGCCAGCCUCAGAUGGCACAGCAACCUGUGGUUUCUGGAGUUAUGCCGCCACUACCUGAACAAACUGGCCCGCAACCUCUACCUCACCAGAUAGGUCAACAGACUGAACGACAACUGGAUAACCAACAGCAAGAACAGCAGCCUGUCCUUCACCCGGCGGAGCAGAAGCCAGAAGCCUCGCAGAGAGAAUACCAACCAUUACCAGCAGUAGGCCAGAGCGGCAGCACAGGGUUGUUUGAGCAUCCAACUCAUGCAGUUUCGCCAGUUAAUGAACAAGGCUCUCCGAUACCGCUCCAAUCCGAUCUCACUCAGCCAUAUACCUCGCAUGACCAGCAUAUACAUGAAGAACAACCACGAAAUGUUGUCACUCAACCUACCGACCUUCAUUCUGGCGCACCUAAAGAUGGUUAA